UCCCCGCCCUAAAAAACCCUAGGUCGUAAAACCAUACAUUAUAUAACGCUUAUGUAGCUCGAGUUUCUAACCCUAAUUCGUCCUUUCCGCCGUACGCUGCAAAAAUGGGAGCUUAUAAGUACGUGUCUGAGCUAUGGAGGAAGAAGCAGUCCGAUGUGAUGAGGUUUCUGCAAAGAGUAAGAUGCUGGGAAUAUCGCCAGCAUCCUUCAAUCGUUCGUGUUACGCAUCCCACACGCCCAGAUAAGGCACGCCGAUUGGGCUACAAGGCUAAACAGGGUUAUGUUGUUUACCGUGUACGUGUGAGGCGUGGUGGGCGAAAGAGGCCUGUUCCCAAGGGUAUUGUGUAUGGUAAGCCCACAAACCAGGGUGUUACUCAGUUGAAAUUCCAACGCAGCAAGCGUUCAGUUGCUGAGGAGCGUGCUGGGCGUAAGUUGGGUGGUCUCAGGGUUCUCAACUCCUACUGGAUUAAUGAGGAUUCGACAUACAAGUACUAUGAAGUAAUCUUGGUUGAUGUGGCCCAUAAUGCUGUUCGUAAUGACCCGAGAAUAAACUGGAUCUGCAACCCUGUUCACAAGCACAGGGAACUUCGUGGACUCACAUCUGCUGGGAAGAAGUACAGAGGUCUUCGUGGAAAAGGCCAUCUCCACCACAAGGCCAGACCUUCCAGAAGGGCAACAUGGAAAAGGAACAACACUCUCUCUCUUCGCCGCUACCGUUAAUCUCAGUGACUUCAUUAUUAGGUUCAAUCUCAAUCUCAUGUUUGAGUUUUGCCCAAUGGAUUGGUUGUCAAAAAGGAACUUCAGUUCUUCCAAGUUUUUUGUUUAAUUUUAUGAUUAGUCGAACUGGUGUGGUUUCUGGAGUGUUUCAUGCGGAUACAUUUUUGGUUCUCUUGAGAAAACUCCGGUUCCUUAUUUUUGCUGCGAAA